AGAUCAUUUCCUCGAGGAGGCGGGGCCUGGGCGGCGUGCAGAAGCCUCGCUGCGAGAAGAAGGGCCACUUUGGCUCCUCGCGUUCUACGAGCCGGAGGCACCAUGGCUAGCUAUCCCGAGCCCCCGGAGGACACGGUCCAGAUCCUUCGGGACAUAGCCAACCGCCUGCGGAUCCACUCCAUCCAGGCCACAUGCGCCUCCAAUUCGGGUCACCCCACAUCUUGCUGUAGUGCAGCCGAAAUCAUGUCAGUGCUGUUUUUCUACACGAUGAAAUAUAAACCAACAGAGCCGGGAAAUCCGAAUAAUGACCGCUUUAUUCUGUCCAAGGGCCAUGCUGCUCCGAUCCUCUAUGCUGCCUGGGCUGAGGCUGGAGACGUUAACCAGUCUGACCUUAUGAACUUGAGGAAGAUCGACUGUGACCUGGAAGGCCAUCCUACCCCGAGGCUUUCAUUUGUGGAUGUGGCCACUGGCUCUCUUGGGCAGGGACUUGGUGCUGCCUGUGGAAUGGCUUAUACUGGCAAAUAUUUUGACAAAGCCAGUUACCGGGUGUUCUGCCUCUUGGGAGAUGGGGAGGCCUCAGAAGGCUCUGUCUGGGAAGCUUUGGCUUUUGCCUCUCACUACAAGCUAGACAACCUUGUGGCAAUCUUUGAUGUGAACCGUUUAGGGCAGAGUGAAGCCGCACCUCUGCAACACUGCACAGAUGUUUAUCGGAAGCGCUGUGAAGCCUUUGGGUGGAACACCUAUGUUGUCGAUGGCCAUGAUGUGGAACACCUAUGUGAAGCCUUUUGGAAGGCAGCUCAAGUGAAGAACCAGCCCACUGCCAUAGUCGCCAAGACCUUCAAAGGCCGCGGUAUUCCAGACAUCGAGGAUGCUGAUAACUGGCAUGGCAAGCCUAUGCCAAAGGACAAAAUGGACUCUAUUAUCAAGACCAUUGAAAGCCAGAUCCAGACUCAUAAGAAUCUGCCUCCUCACCUACCUGUGGAAGAUGUUCCUGAAGUCAAUAUCUCAAAUGUCAAGAUGCCUUCUCUACCUGCCUACCAAAUAGGGGACAAGGUGGCCACUAGAAAAGCCUACGGCGCUGCCUUGGCUAAGCUAGGCCAUGCAUGUGAUCGAGUGAUUGCCUUAGAUGGAGACACCAAGAACUCCACUUUUUCUGAGCUGUUUAAGAAGGACCACCCGGAACGCUUCAUUGAGUGCUUUAUUGCUGAGCAGAACAUGGUAAGCGUGGCAUUAGGCUGUGCCACCCGAAACCGGACCAUUGCUUUUGCCAGCACCUUUGCUGCCUUCUUCACCAGAGCGUUUGAUCAUAUCAGGAUGGGGGCCAUCUCUCAGUCUAACAUCAACCUUAGUGGUUCCCACUGUGGGGUCUCCAUCGGUGAAGAUGGGCCCUCCCAGAUGGCACUGGAGGAUCUUGCCAUGUUCAGAACUGUUCCCAAUUGCACAGUUUUCUAUCCAAGUGAUGCUGUCUCUACAGAAUAUGCUGUUCAUUUGGCUGCCAAUACCAAGGGAAUGUGCUUCAUCCGAACUAGCAGACCAGAUACUUCGGUUAUCUAUUCUCCCUUUGAAAACUUUAAGAUUGGACAGGCCAAGGUGAUCUAUCAGAGUGCUGAUGACAAGGCCACAGUUAUUGGAGCUGGAGUUACACUCCAUGAGGCUUUAGCAGCUGCUGCAGAACUUUCGAAAGAAGGUAUUUCCAUCCGCAUAAUUGACCUAUUCACCAUCAAACCACUGGAUCGUGCCACAAUCCUUUCCAGUGCCAGAGUAACUGAGGGUCGUAUUAUUACAGUGGAGGACCAUUAUAAAGAAGGUGGCAUUGGAGAAGCUGUGUGUGCAGCUGUUUCUGGUAUACCUGGCAUCAGUGUUCAUCAGUUGGCAGUGAAUGGGGUACCACGAAGUGGAAAGCCUGGGGAGUUGCUUGAUAUGUUUGGUAUUAGUGCCAAAUAUAUCAUAAAAGCUGUGAAAUCAAUUAUGACCAACUGAAAGAAAUCAGCAUUGUCAGCUUUAGUUUAAGAAGCUGACAUCUUUGUGGAGUUUUUGAAGUCACAAUUUCAAAGGUGUAGAUUUUGUUGUUGUUGUUUUUCUAAGAACAAGUCUAAAUUAAUGCUGUUUCUGUUUGUUCUUCAGCAACAAUGGUUCAUUUUGUUCCUGUUUAAAGUAUUUACUGUGCAUAGAAAUGCUUCUAUAACUUUUCACUAUAUAUUGUGUAAGUGUUCUGGUAAGAAGGAACGGGAGUCAGGGGGAAGGAGAGUAGAGAGAACCCAGUUUCUUAAGCACAUGUGUGUUAUUUUUUAUUUGUAAUUUUUCAAAGCGUGAAUUUAUAUGUGAACACUAAACAGUGUAGAUGGCAAAGAAAUUCUACUAUUCCUUUUCUCUAAUCCAAACUUUCAUAUAACACAUACCUGUAACUCCCUGAAUGGUGGCUUAAUGAAGUUGCUUUUCAGUUUUCCUAAACUGUUUGAUUUCAUUUCAGGUCUAGUUUUCUGGGAGCAUAAAACAGGAAAGGGAGCUUUUAUGCUGUAUGGUUUCCCUUGCUGUAUUCCUUCUGCAAGGAGAUUAUAUCAAACAAACAAACAAACAAACAAACAAACAAACAAAACAACCCAUUAGUUCUAGUUGAUCUUGUGGUUUUUAUGUGUUGUAAGCUCUCCUAAUUUUCACUUUUAAAUGUCCAAACUGAGACUAAUUACUUAAUUGUAGAAAUAGAGUACAUGUGGCAUUCAAUAAAAAGCAUAAAAAAAUGAUACUGCUUUAUUGUGUCUAAAUCUUUAUA